AUGCUGCUGAGGGGACCGGAGCGCACACAAAAGGUUGGUUCAUUUGCCAUCAGUGGUCAUUCAGUGACAAUGGGAGACAGCAUUAGAAGCGAAGGCAAGGAACAAGAGCAAGAAGCAGCAGAAAAUAGCCGAGGAUUUGUCUGCACCCCUCUUCUUAUGUUGGUUUCUACAAUACUCAUAGUUGGCCUUCUUUUAUUUUCCUGCUUUGUAACUUAUGUGUUCGUUCGAUUAGAGUACGAACACCGCUUGUCUGAGCAAAAUAAAAACGCUCAAAGCAAGGAUAUUUCGAAUCUCAUUACUAUGCAAGAACUACGACUUCCGAAAAACCUAAAGCCAACAUCGUACGAUUUGAAAAUCAAGGUCUACCUCCCUUUCUAUGUAGACUUCCCAACCAGUAAGAAUCUCACAACUGAAGGAGAAUUGGAUAUUGAUAUUGUUGUUUUGGAACCAACAAACACAAUCAUUCUGAAUUCGAAGGAUAUUGGCAUUUUAUCCGAAAAAUGCCAAGCGCAUGCGGAUGGUGUACAUGUUCCAAUCACGAAAAUAACUGAUGAUAAGCGUUUGGAGAAAGUUGCUUUCGUUCUAGAGAAGACAUUGCGAGCAAAUCAAAAUGUGAAACUGAAGGUGAUCUUCACAGGUAUUGUGAACGAUAUGCUCAAAGGAUUGUAUAGGACUACCUACUACGAUUCGCAAAGAAAUGAGAAAAUUGCUGCCGUGACGCAGUUUGAAUCAGCAGAGGCACGUCUAAUGGUGCCUUGCUUCGAUGAACCAGAAUAUAAGGCAACAUGGAAUGUUACCGUAAUCCAUCCCAAGGGAACAACAGCACUUUCCAAUGGGAUUGAAAUCAGUGAAACUACGGAGCCAAAUGGAAAAUGGAAAGUGUCAACAUUUCGGCAGACACCUAUUAUGUCUUCGUACCUCCUUGCUAUAUUUGUGUCAGAAUAUGAAUUCGACGAAGCUCACACGAAUAGAGGCGUGAGGUUUCGAGUGUGGUCCCCUCCUGGCAACGCAGACGAGAGAAAACGUGGAUUAAAAGCAGCAAUCAUUUUUAUGGAAACGUUGGAGAAAUAUUUUGGUAUCGAUGAUGUCGUCAUGAAACAAGAUUUUGUAGCAGUGCCAGAUUUCUCUGCAGGUGCGAUGGAAAACUGGGGUUUGACAACAUAUAGGCCAAAGCUUAUAUUAUUAGAAAGAGUGUCAGCAAAAGAAGGUUGGACUGAAGGAAGCGUUAUAGCUCAUGAGCUGCUUCACCAAUGGCUUGGCAAUUUGGUGACUAUGAAAUGGUGGGAUGAAUUAUGGCUUAAAGAAGGUUUUGCAAGAUAUUUUCAAAAAAUGAUACUGGAUGACAACAGGAACAUGCGAAUUAGUAGGAGAGGACUUCUCGAUUCUUUCGAUUAUUCAAUGGCACUGGAUUCCCUUGCUGCAAGUCGUCCGCUUUCAUCUGUUAUAGACAUGCCAGUGGAGAUACGUGAAUCAUAUGACGGGAUUUCUUACGAUCGAGGAGCCUGUAUCAUUUCUAUGAUACAUGAAUUGGUUGGCAAGGAAAACUUCAGAAGAGCAAUGACUCACUACCUUAAAAAAUUCUCGUUCAAAAAUACACGUGCUAAUGACCUGUGGCAGUCUUUCGACGAUGUUGUUGGCGGAACCAUAGGUCCUGACGGGAUGAAAUUGAAUAUGAUCGAUUUUGGAAGCCAGUGGUCCAAACAGAUGGGUUUUCCACUUGUGACUGUAGAGCAGUUGAACUCUACCACGCUGAAGAUAAGACAGGAAAGAUACAUGAAAGUUCCUCAUGCAGUUGAAAAACAAAAAUAUAGAUCUUCAAAUUACGGGUACAAAUGGGAUGUUCCUUUGUGGUAUCAGUGGGGUAAUGAGAAAAUGUAUCACAAAUGGUUAAAGAAAGAUGAACCGUUGUAUAUACAGAUGGAAAGCAGUGAUCCGCCUAUCGUUAUUAACGCCGACAGGCGAGCUUACUUCAUUCAAAAUUAUGACGACCACGGUUGGAAAAAGAUAGCAAAACAACUUGUCAAAAACCAUGAGAUCUACACCCCAUGUACAAGAUAUACGAUUAUCAGGGACGCUUUUGCGGCAGCUCUAAUAGAUCGGGUAGACUAUAAAACAGUAUUCGAGCUCUUGCAAUAUUUGAAUAAAGAAAAGGACCUUCUUGUGGUGAGCGCUGCAAGUUCAGCAUUCAGAACUAUGAAGAUAUUCUUCGGCGGCAUGAGGGAAAAUCAGUUGAUCAGCCUUUUCUACAACAAACUAGUGCGAAAAAGCUACAACAGUAUCUAUUCCAAGUACAUAAGUCGUGAAGUUGAAACGGUUGAAAAUGGUGGCCCGAGCACGGACAAAUCUCCACAGUACCACAUGAGAAAAAGUACCGAAGAAGAGUCAUCUUCUCUAGAAAUGAAAAUUGCUUCUUCUCUAGUCGAAUCAUUUUGUGAAGUUAAUUCAAACAACUGUUCCUCAACUUUUCGAUCACUUUUUGAAAAAGAAGUCCUUGGUCGAUGCACAAAAAGCAAAAAAGCCAGUCAAUGUGUCAGAAUUUCACAACAUUUUCGGGGGUGCACUUACUGUCAAGGAGUAAAACAGUUGGGAAGUGCUGCAAUAACCAAGAUAAAGGCUUUGUACGACAUAGAAGAAGAUGAAGAGGAAAAAAGAAAUCUUAUCUCAGGAAUGACGUGCGUGGAAAAUAUUGAAGAAUUGAAGCUCGCACUUCUAAGAGCGAUCGACAAGAAUGGAAAUAUUCAAACACAACUUAUUCCUGUUGUGUUUAACGAAGUUGCAAGGAAUCCACUUUCAAACGAAUUCUUAACCAAUUUCUUGCUUGAACAUUGGGAAGAAAUUUAUGACAGAUUAAAAGACUAUGAUUCCCAGUUGCAAAAAGUGAUUAGUGCAUGUCUCAGAUCAGUUCAUUCGAAUAUCCAGAUAAUGCUGGUGAAACACUUUCGAGAACUCACUCCCACUUUUCAACAGUUCAACAUUAUAAAUAUACGGAUAGAAGAGGCCCAGCACAGGAUAAUGUGGCUCAAAAAACAUUCAAAGAAGCUUAUCGAAUUCUUCGAAUCUACACUUAGUAAAGCCUGA